CAGGCGGGGUGCGCGUGCGCACUGAGCGUCAGGGAGACCCGGGUUAGGUGCCUGGGACAGAGAACCGGUUGCCGUGUGUGAUUAGAGUUUUGGCAACCCGCCCCUUGUGAGAGGGGUCAGGAGUGCUGCCGGCGGUGACCGAACCAAAUUCAGCAGCGGCUGGGGCAAGAAUCGACGGCCGGGCGUGGCAUGUCCCAGGUGCCGCGGUGCGGACAGUGAAGCCGGCGGGGAGCGGCAUGGGCCGGCGCCGGGCGCCAGAGCUGUACCGGGCCCCGUUCCCGCUGUACGCGCUUCAAGUCGACCCCAGCACGGGGCUGCUCAUCGCUGCGGGCGGAGGAGGCGCCGCCAAGACAGGCAUAAAGAAUGGUGUGCACUUUUUGCAGCUAGAGCAGAUUAAUGGGCGCCUGAGCGCCUCCUUGCUACACUCCCAUGACACAGAGACACGGGCCACCAUGAAUUUGGCCCUAGCUGGUAACAUCCUUGCUGCAGGGCAGGAUGCCCACUGUCAGCUCCUGCGCUUCCAGACCCACCAGCAGAAGGGCAAAAACAAGGCAGAGAAGGCAGGUUCCAAGGAGCAGGGGCCUCGCCAAAGGAAGGGGUCAGCCCCAGCAGAGAAGAAAUCUGGAGCUGAAACCCAUCAGGAGGGAGUAGAACUCAGAGUAGAGAAUUUGCAGGCGGUGCAGACGGACUUUGGCCCUGAUCCACUGCAGAAAGUCGUAUGCUUCAACCAUGAUAAUACCCUGCUUGCCACUGGAGGGACGGAUGGCUACAUUCGUGUCUGGAAGGUACCCAGCCUAGAGAAAGUGCUGGAGUUCAAAGCCCAUGAAGGGGAGAUUGAGGACCUGGCUUUGGGCCCUGAUGGCAAGUUGGUAACUGUGGGCUGGGACCUUAAGGCCUCCGUGUGGCAGAAGGAUCAACUGGUGACACAUCUGCACUGGCAAGAGAACGGACCCACCUUUUCGAACACGACUUACCGCUACCAGGCCUGCAGGUUUGGGCAGGUUCCAGACCAGCCUGCCAGUCUGCGACUCUUCACAGUGCAGAUUCCUCACAAGCGUCUGCGUCAGCCCCAACCCUGCUACCUCACAGCCUGGGAUGGCUCCACCUUCUUGCCUCUUCGGACCAAAUCCUGUGGCCAUGAAGUCAUCUCCUGCCUUAGUGUCAGUGAAUCGGGUACCUUCCUAGGCUUGGGCACGGUCACUGGCUCUGUUGCCAUCUACAUAGCUUUCUCUCUCCAGCGCCUCUACUAUGUGAGGGAGGCCCAUGGCAUUGUGGUGACAGAUGUGGCCUUUCUACCUGAGAAGGGUCGUGGUCCAGAGCUCCUUGGGUCCCACGAAACUGCCCUGUUCUCUGUGGCUGUGGAUAGUCGUUGCCAGAUGCACCUGCUACCCUCACGGCGGAGUGUUCCUGUGUGGCUGCUGCUGCUGCUAUGUGUUGGGCUUAUUGUUAUGACCAUCCUGCUGCUCCAGAGUGCCUUUCCAGGUUUUCUUUAGCCUCACUGCUCCCAGGGAAACAGGGGCCUGGACACUGCCACCUUCUGGACCAGAGUGGAGGCCUGGACCCUGUUGCUCACUCCACCCGGGUCCACCACAACUAAGGUGUCCUCAGAUGAGACUUGAUGGGUACUGCCUGCGGCUCUGUGCAACUCUGAACCCUGGGAACCCUGCAUUCAUCAUCUAUGGAUCCACCCAAGACAGUGGUGUCUGCAGCCCAAGCUACACCUCCUGCCUCCUUUCCUCUGCCCACCAGAGGCUCCAGAGUUGAGUCUGUCCUUUCUCCAGAAAUAUGUGAAGAUGCCCCAGAAUCUGGAGGCAUUGCUAUCCUUCCUGCAGAAAUAAUCCAUUUCUCCUUCUCCCUUCACAAUCUGUGGCCAGUUGCUCUUCACAUGAGCCCCUGGCAUUUGCUGGCCUGUGACUUGCUGUUAGAGAAAGAAGAGGCAAAAGGUAAUUUGUGGGUUCAGCUAGAUAGCUCUAAGCCAGCCAGGGUAAAUAUGAAGUAAAUUCCUGGAUGGCCUAACCUAGCCUUGAGAAAAGGGAAAGUGAACCUCAGCCCAUUUGGCAGGAAAGGUUUAUAUUUAAUAAACAAGGGAAGACUGAACUGAGA